AGAGGCCGGGUGGUGCUGGGCGGAGGGAAGCAGGAUGGUGGAAGCCUGGUACAUGGACGAGUCCCCGGAGGACCAGCGGCAGCCGCACCGCCAGGAGCCUAAUCAGCCCGCCAGCCUUGAGCGGCUGAGGCAGCUGGGCGUUUUCUAUUGGAAACUGGAUGCUGAUCACUAUGAGACCGAUCCAGUCCUAGCAAAAAUUCGCAAGGAGAACAACUACUCUUGGAUGGAUAUAAUCACUAUACACAAAGAUAAGCUACCAAGUUACGAAGAGAAGAUAAAAAUAUUUUAUGAAGAGCACUUACACCUAGAUGAUGAGAUUCGCUACAUCCUGGAAGGAAGUGGGUAUUUUGAUGUUCGUGAUAAAGACGACAAAUGGAUUCGGAUUGCCAUGGAAAAAGGAGACAUGAUCACACUCCCUGCUGGCAUCUAUCACCGAUUUACACUGGAUGAAUCUAAUUAUGUGAAGGCCAUGAGGCUGUUUGUCGGAGAACCUGUGUGGACAGCGUACAACAGGCCUGCUGAUCACUUUCCUGCUCGGGAGCGGUACCGGCAGUCUUUGGCACAAGCAGUUCAAUAAACCUUUAGGAAGGCUUAAUACUCAAGUGUGUCCCAUAACUUCUGUAAAGCAGAAAUAACCAAAUGGCUUUGUUAACACUGCCUGCUAUUAAUGAGCAUUUGAUUUCCUGCAGCUCUAAUGUAGGGAAUGCACAGGGACUGUUGAGCUGUUAAUUAUAUAUUGAUUGCCAGAUGAUUACAAUUAUUUUUUUUGAA